CCUCUCAAGUGUAGUUCGUCGACUGUAAUCAGCAGAAGCAAAAAUGUCAGCCAUGGCCAUGACACGAUUGCAAUUCCUACGCCAAUAUCCCACCGUCAAACCUUCUCUAUUUCUGUCUAGCCUCCCUCGCUCUCCCCUUUAUGGCCUCCGCUCCCGCAAACUUCCCACCUCCAUCACUACCCCUCUCUGUUCUGCAUCAAAUCACGCCCAAACCCCCGAGAGUUGUGAUGCUUCGGUGGUUGGGGAUCUGCUGGACUAUCUCAAUGAGUCUUGGACUCAGUUUCACGCUACUGCGGAAGCAAAAAGGCAACUUCUUUCUGCUGGUUUUCAUUUGCUAAAUGAAGAUGAUGAAUGGGACCUCAAGCCUGGUGGACGCUACUUCUUUACAAGAAAUAUGUCUUGCUUGGUUGCUUUUGCUGUUGGGGAGAAGUACACUGUUGGAAAUGGUUUUCAUGUUAUUGCUGCGCACACAGACAGUCCAUGCUUGAAGCUCAAACCAAAUUCUGCAUCCUCCAAAUCUAAUUAUCUAAUGGUCAAUGUGCAGACCUAUGGAGGUGGUUUAUGGCACACUUGGUUUGAUAGGGACUUGAGUGUUGCAGGAAGGGUGAUAGUGAGGGGUGCUGAUGGUUCUUUUCUGCACAAGCUUGUCAAAGUAAAAAAGCCUUUAUUACGAAUACCAACGCUCGCCAUUCAUCUUGACCGCACAGUGAAUAAGGAUGGGUUUAAACCAAACCUAGAGACACAUCUCAUUCCAUUAUUUGCAGCAAAACCUGAGGAAAAAUCUUCAGAGUCAAAAGAUGAAAAUACAGAAACUUCUUCAAAAGCUGCCCAUCAUCCACUGCUUAUGCAGGUUUUGUCAGAUGAGCUGAGUUGCAGCACUGAUGACGUAAUGAGCAUUGAAUUAAAUCUCUGUGAUACCCAACCUAGCUGCCUUGGAGGUGGAAACAAUGAGUUUAUUUUUUCUGGAAGAUUGGAUAAUCUUGCUUCCAGUUUUUGUGCAUUAAGAGCUCUUAUUGAUUCAUGUAAAUCUUCCAAUGGUUUAUCAAGUGAACCUGCUAUUCGGAUGGUUGCGUUAUUUGAUAAUGAAGAGGUAGGUUCAGAUUCAGUCCAGGGAGCUGGUGCACCAACCAUGUUUCAGGCCAUGAGACGAAUAGUUGGAUGCUUAGAUCAUAACAAAGUUGGUGAAGGUGCUAUUGAGCGUGCAAUUCGGAGAUCCUUUCUUGUGUCUGCGGACAUGGCUCAUGGAGUUCAUCCAAAUUUUAUGGAAAAGCAUGAAGAACACCAUCGACCGGAAAUGCAAAAGGGACUUGUUAUCAAGCACAAUGCAAACCAGAGAUAUGCUACUAAUGGGAUCACAGCUUUUCUCUUUAAAGAAGUUGGCAAAAUCGUCAACCUUCCAACUCAGGAAUUUGUGGUGAGAAAUGAUAUGGGGUGUGGGUCCACCAUAGGUCCUAUACUUGCUUCUGGCGUAGGCAUCCGCACUGUUGAUUGUGGCAUUGCUCAACUUUCCAUGCACAGUGUGAGGGAGGUGUGUGCAAAGGAGGAUAUCGACAUUGCUUACAGGCAUUUUAAGGCAUUCUAUGAGAACUUUUCAACCAUAGACAAGAAGCUACAAGUGGAUUAAGGCCGCCUGAUAUUUCUAUUUUCUUGGGUGUGUUUUAUGGGGAUUAUCUUAUUUCAUAUUUCAUCUUAUUUGUUGUGGGGAUAGGGAGGAGAGAGAGAGAGGAGCACAUGGCAUGUAUUGCUUCAUCAAACAUUUUUAUUAUUGGUAAGCAUAUUAUAGCCUCCGAAAAUAAAGAUGACUCUAAGAGCUUGGACAGAUAAACUAUAGGUAAAGACUAAUAUGUGAAAAAGGAAGCUAACAAUAAUUACUAUCUCCAUGCUUUGCACUGUAGGAGGAGCAAUUCGUUGAGCUAAGUGUAUCCAUAUGAUCAGUUUUUGUUCAAAUUCAUAGGAUUUGUGGUGGAAGUAGAACUGAGAUUGAGGUCAAGAUUAGCGUUUUGGUUGGAGUUCCCUUUGGAGAGCUUCUGCUUCUGCUUCAGCUCAGACAACAGAGCCUGAUUCUCCUUGUUUAGUUGCUGAGCUUUUUUCCUAAGCAUCUCAUUUUGUCUGAUGAUGUAACAGUUCUGCAAGUAUAGCUGUGAGUUCAUCUUCUCCAUAUUCAAGUGCUAUUAUCUUCCCUGAAACAAAAGAAAAACAAGAUUAAAAUAUCAAAUGAAGAUUAAUUUCAUGCA